AUGUCCACAGUCUUCGAAUCGAAUGGGCUUUUGUCCGGUCAGGAUGACCACCAUCUUGAGGCGAACGGCCAUAAUACAGUGGAUGAAGAUAUCACGAACAUGUCCAAUGGCGUUUCGAGCAAACGUGACGUGAAAGCGUCCAAUCCUGGCGCCGUACUCCCAGGCUGUUCUCCCCCGACAAAUAAAACCGAUAUAGGCAAAGGGUACGCGGCUGUCCCCUUGAAUGACCAGCCAAGCCUUAAGCCUCGCAAGCUGCGUGCUAUCAUCAUCGGUGCUGGUUAUUCAGGCCUCACGCUCGCACACAAGCUACGGUAUCAGCACCCAGAGAUGGAAGACAUCUUGACAUAUAAGAUCUUCGAGGCUCGCUCUGAUAUAGGGGGCACAUGGCUUGCGAAUACGUACCCCGGGGUUCAGUGCGACGUGCCAGCGCAUAUCUAUUCGUUCCCGUUUGAUCCGAAUCCAUUCUGGAGCCGAUUCUACGUGAACGGACCGGAGAUUCACAGCUACAUGAAGCGAACGGUGAAGAAGUGGGAUCUCGAUCGCGAUGUUUACCUUGAUACAAAAGUUGUUGGAGCCCGUUGGCAGGAAGACUCUGGUCUGUGGAAGGUUAUCGUGACCCACGAAGGAGGGACGCGUGAAGAAUAUGCUGAAGUUCUGAUUUCAGGACAAGGGUUCCUCAAUCUUUGGAAAUGGCCCGACAUCAAAGGGCUCGACUCAUUCAAGGGGAAAAAGGUGCAUUCUGCUGACUGGGACCACUCGUACAAUUACACGAAGAAGCGAAUCGGCGUCAUCGGGAACGGAUCCUCGGGAAUCCAAAUCGUACCUCAGCUGGCCGGUUUGGAAGGGACAGAAGUGACCAGCUUUCAACGUGGCCCGACUUGGGUUGUCUCACGAAUGUCGGCUGCCAUGCUCUUGGGCCGAGACGAUAUAAGCCCAAACCCUGAAUAUACAGAAGAGGACCAGCGGCGAUUUGCUGUGGAUCCAAAAUACCACAAUGAAUACCGAAGGCAGCUGGUCCACCGUAUUAACAAGGCAUUCCGAAUGUUCGUCAAAGGCUCGGCCGCGAAUACUGAAGCUACAGAGUUCGCCAUCAGGCAGAUGUCUGACAAGCUAAACAACGACCCGGGGCUGUGCGGAAAGCUGAUUCCCAACUGGGAACUGGGUUGCCGCCGUGUUACCCCGGGUGAAGGCUACUUGGAGUCCUUUUUAAAGCCGAAUGUUCAUCUCAAUCAAAGCCCAAUCUCACACAUCACCGAGCACGCGAUACACACGGCUGAUGGGCAAACCGUGGAGGUGGACGUUGUCGUCUGCGCGACGGGAUUCGAUGUCUCCCACUGCCCACAUUAUCCCGUCAUAGGUCGUGGCCGGACCAGCCUUGCUGAGAAAUGGGAGGAAGAGCCAAAGUCCUAUCUGUCACUUGCCUGUCCCGACUUCCCCAACUACUUUAUCUUCACCGGGCCGAAUGCUAUCGUGGGACAUGGCUCUUUGAUGGAGGGACUCGGUUGGGCAGCUGAAUAUAUGAUCAAAUGGAUCAAGAAGAUAGCCAUCGAGGACAUCAAAGCAGUUGUACCCAAACAGGAAGCCGUUGAUGAGUUUGCUGCUUAUGGGGACAAGGUCCAUCAAACCCUGACCUGGACGGGUGGCUGCAGGAGCUGGUAUAAAAAGGGCCGUGUUGAUGGACGGGUGACGGCUGCAUUCGCCGGGAGCGCCCUUCUUUUCAAGGAGCUCGUGAGUGAUAUCCGGGGCGAAGACUUUGAGAUCCAGUACCGCAGUCCAAAUCGCUUCAGGUUCCUCGGAAAUGGGUUUACGGAAUAUGAACUGGACGACACCAGCGAUCUGGCAUGGUACAUUGAGAAAUAG